AGUGGCAAGCGGUUGCUAAGGGCGACAGACAACAGACAGCGGUUGCAACGUCAAACUGGAGAAAGAAACAGUCAAUGGCGGUGGUUGAUUAUAACGCAGCCGAAACAAUUAUCACUUUGAUUGAACAUUGUUCUGACUCUGAAGAGGAUUAGUCAAACGGCGCAGGAGAAUGUCGGGCGUAACUGAUACAGUUGUAUCUGGGGUGGGAUGGGAUGAGCGCUAUGCUAUCCCCGAGCCCAACGCUGAGAACAAGGCUUUGAUAGAAGAGAUUCGUAAAAAAGAGACAGAGUUGGUGCAACUGGGAAACAAACUUGAGAAAAACAAGGAUCAAAAGCAGUUAAUGACCGAAUUCCUCAAAAAUGCUAAACAAGAGCUGGAAAAUACUGAGUCUCUGUGCAAGGCAAAGGAAAGGGAAGGAGAGAUGGAAAAACACCUCACAGCCCUCGCAGAAAGGGAGACAGGUCGCCUGGCACAGGAGUCUGCUAAGAUGGAGAAAGAUCAUAGAUCUUUAGCAGAAAGGAAGAACAUGCUAGAGAACCAUAUAUUCAAGGCCAAACAGAAGCUAGAGGAGUUCAGGAACCAGAUGGACUGGGACCAGCAGACCAUGGAUGCUUUUUUAGAGGAGUCGGCUAGCAAAGAUCAGGACACAAUGGCCAUUAUCAAGUACGCCCAGCAAGACGAGCAGAGGAUAAAGUCGCUCACUCUGGCUUUAGAAAAGAAGAGACUGGAGGCCAGUGAAAAGCGUAAAGUACUUGACAAAGAAUUGACUGAGACUAUAUCCACACAGAUUGCUUUGGAUAAAACUACAGAAAAUUUGCAACAGGCCCACCAGGAGACACAGCAGCUCAUUCACCAAUGGGAAAACACUAUCAAGCAGAUGAAGCAACGAGACGCAGAGAUGCAUCAGUGUGCUCUGCUACUUAUCCAAGCCAACCAGAACAUCAGGGAGAGGAAUGGCGCCAUGACGGAGAGGAAGCACUUGUUGGAUACUCAGAAGAACAACAACAAGGAAACUGAGAGGAAGAUAACUAUGGCCAACCGACAGGCUGUUAAGCUGCGGCAAGAUUUGAAGGAGCAGGAGAAUAACUGCAGCAGGCUGAAGGAUGAGCUUGACAGUUGCAAAGGCACACUGGACCGAGCAAACUCCGAUGUGGAGUCUGUGACGUCCCAAAUAUCCAGGAUGAAGAAAGACAUCCAGGAUAACAACGACAAACUCAAGCAGGCCCGAUCCUACAAUGUUGCACUGGAAGAGAAGCUGAAGGUUGUGACUCAGACCGCCCUCAGUGAGGAGGAGAGAGCUGACCAGAUGGACCACCUCCUCAAGGAUGAGGAACACGCAAACAAGGAGUUGGAUGUCCAGCUGCGUGACUGCAGGGAGGAGCUUUUUCGUCGUAAAGAGCGUUUGCAGGCUCUCAAGACAAAAGAGAUGGAUUCUAUCGCAGUGGUUUCAAGGAGUAAAUACACCAUCACCAGCCUGGACAGCCAACUCAGAAAGCUGGAGAAGGAUUUAAUAAGACAGCAGAUGCUCAUGAAUGAACAGGACUCACAGAUCACCGGCCUGGGUAGAAAACUUUCACGGCUGGAGGGUGAAGUCCACACAGAUGAAAAACAAAUGCUCGACAUAAAGCUUGCUGAGCUGAAGAAAGCCCUCGAGGAGAAGAAGGACACAGCCAAAAUGCUAACGAACACACUUAAGGAGUCAGAGGAUGAUAUUCGCUAUUUGAGGAAAGAGAUGGAGAAGUCAGAGGCUCAAAAGAGAGAUCUGACCGUCAAGGUGGAGGAGCUCAUCCUUCUCCGAAACACCAAUGAAAAGGAGCUGAAGAGACUAAGGCUCAGGAAACAGGAAAACAUGGUGGAGCACAACGUCAUGAAGAUAGAGGUCAAGCGUAUGAGGGAUAUGCUGUACAACAAAGCGGGCAGCGUGCUGUCCUUAGAGAAGAGGAAGCUGGAGCUGCAGAAAGCCAUAAAGGACAGAGAGGAAGAGGUGAAGGUCUACAGAGAAAUGCUCAGCCAACAGCUCAAGAUCAGUGAGCAGGAGAGACAGAGACUCAGUGCCGAACUGAAUGAGAAACUGUCCAAGAUCGACAUGAUGAAGAAACGCUUUGAGGUUGUGAUGCUUACGAUGGCAGCUCCUGAGGGGGAAGAGGAGAAAUCGCAGGCUUACUACAUCACAAAGGCUGCACAAGAGAAAGAGGAACUCAAGCGGAAUGGAGACGCUCUGGAUGCUAAAAUCCGCAAGAUGGAGCUGGAAAAUAGAGCUCUGGAGAACACUAUUCAGUUGUUCAACAAUAGUAACUCAGCAUUUCGCAAAUCCCUCAACAAAGUAAAUGAUUCCAGUCCAGAGCAACAGGAAAAACUGAAGCUUGAAGAGCAGUUCAGGGCGGCUGAGGAGACACUGAGGUUUAAGAAAAGACAAGUUCAAGAGCUCCAACAGGACACACAGGACAUGAACAAUACCUUGGAGAGUCUGCUGCAAAAGGAGCAGGUGGAGAAAGAUAAGAUAGAGCACAAACAGUCACUCAUCAGUAAACUGAACAAAGAAAUCACUUCCCAGCAAGAAAAGGUCGACAGAGCCACAAAGCAGUGCUCAAAGCUGACUAAAGAGAUCCGCUCAGCAAAAAACACCAAGACCGAGACUUUUGAGGAGAAGGACAUUAAGCUGAGGGAGUUGAAAGAAUUCAAUAAGAGUAUCAACAGCAUGCUGAAUGAGGCCAUGGAGGACAAACCUGACCUCAGAUUAGUGAUGGAGAAAUACUUCCUGCAGGCCAAUCUGUCUCUUCCAUCUCCAUCUUCCACUCCUUCCAGCCAUCGGAGCUCCAAGACGAGCUUGGCCUCUUUCAGGUCUCCUGCGUCCUCAGCCAGCAGCAGCCCCAGGGCCUCUGCACUUCACUCCCCCGUGCUGAAGACUGUGGAGCUGGGCCUGGAUCUGACCAUCACCUCCCCUCCCCUCACCACCUCCAGACGUUCCAGCUCUGCAAGCAGCAGCAGCAGCAGCAGCAGGUUAAAGAAGUCCUAGGGGUUAUUAUCAUAAUUUAUUUUACUGUUGUGAAUGAAGAACAAGAAACAGAGGAUUACAGUUACUUAUUGUCAGUUUUAGUUGCACAGAAUGGAUAACUAUCUCCUCACAUAAUGAGAUGUGAUGUUUAAUUCUGUAAUGUGUUUCAAAGUUGUUAAAAGAGGUUCAGUAUGUGUGGUGUCAUUAUGUAUUUUAAUGCUUUAAAAAGUACGUUGUUGUUCAUUUUAGUAUUAUUCUUAAAUUUGUUAUUUGUAGACGGUCUAUUUCACGUUCAUUGUAGUUAUUAUAAUGCAGCCUAAAGGAAGACUUGAUUAUCACAAGA